GUCUUUGUGUUGUGUUUUUAUUUAUAUUUGUUAUUGCGAAAUUUGUUGGAUGCAUUUGCCUUCAUUAGUCUACACUUUAAAGACAAAGAAAAAGUUAAUUCUUCUCUAGUCGAAAUUUCAUAAUUAUUUUCAAAACUAACUAUAAUGGAGGAAAAAAAUAAAGAGGAUAAUGUUGAGUGUAAAGUGACAUCAUUGCAAUCAUCUUUAAACGUAAUGUGUGCAAUUUGUAGUGAAUUUUUUAAAAGUUCUGAUAUAAUUUAUAGUACUUCAAAGUGUGGUCAUGUUUUUCAUCGUCAGUGUCUGUUUCGUUGGCUAACACGUUCCAAUACAUGUCCUCAGUGUCGUGCCAGUGUACAUAAACACAAUGUACAUCGUUUAUAUUUGAACUUCAGUGAACCCACUGCAAUGGACGAAAUCGAUGCCGAACCCAUUAAGAGUUUUGAGUGGUUGUAUGUGGAUGAAGGUAUUACAGCUGAAGAAAUAGCACAAUUUGGUUUUCUAUUGGGUUUAGAUAAAGAAAGUGAUCCUUUAUUUGCGGCUCGUGUCUAUUUAGAGGAUGAUCUCUUACCGGCAUAUUAUGUGCCCAAGUUAAAAGGUGCUUACGCCGCUUGGAAUUGUGAAUCUCAUUUUCUAACCGAAGGCAUUGAACUAUUACACAUUAAUAACGAUAAUGCUGAAUACAAAUGGUUGCCAAGCUCGAAUGGUGAAAUACCAACAAAUGCUUUAGCAUCCGGCUAUGCGGAAACUGGUGAAACAUUAUAUACUGCCCGUUAUGUACACAAUGAUAGAAUGCGUUAUGGAAAAUUACAUCCAUCGCAUGGCUGUGCCUAUAUACCGUAUAAAGGAAAGGAAUUAAAUAAUAAAAACUAUGAAGUAUUGGUUAGAAUACCCAAGGAUAGUGUAUAAAUCAAUUUUAUGUUUAAAUCUUUCUGUAUAUUUGUUAGUAUAUUGUAUAAAUAACGCUUAUAGAUUAUUUUUUUAUCUAUU